GUCGGAGUAUAAUAUUGCAGGCUUAAGCUUGGAAUGUCUUACACACGGCAAAUUAACUUAAGUAUAGACUUGCUCCCAUGCAUGAGCAUGCACGCCUGCUCUUCCCUAGCUUAACCCUCCACCAACUCUUUGACGAGCAAUUUCACGACAACUAACGAUGGCCUCCUUCAAAUUCUGGGAGAACCCAAAUUAUGAUAGGACCACCAAACGAACUGACAACAAGAGGCGGAUGAAAUUAAUCAGGUCUUAUGCCCCCGAUUGGACUAUCACGAUUAUUUUGGCGAUUGUGUUCUUCGUCCUCGACGGCGUUCACGGCUUCCGACGAGAAUUUUCGGUGCAUGAUGAAACCAUACUUUUCCCGUUUGCAGUUCAUGAACGUGUUCCGGACAUUGCCCUGUACUUCAUUGCGAUUGUGGCGCCGCUCGUCAUUCAAUUGGUAGUGAAUUUACUCACUGUUCGGUCCUUCUGGGAUUACCACUGCAGCGCACUCGGGCUCAUCCUGGGGCUUGCCAUCACAGGGGCCAUCACUCAGUUCACGAAGAUCACUGUUGGCCGUCCCCGUCCAGAUCUUCUCGCACGAUGCAUGCCGAUUCCAGGCUCCUCGGACCCCACUUAUGGACUCUCGUCAGAUGCAAUAUGCACAAACACCGACACAGCUAUCAUGAUCGAUGGUUGGAGGAGCUUCCCUAGUGGCCACGCCAGUUUAUCUCAUGCCGGACUUGGCUUCCUAUCGUAUUAUUUAGCCGGAAAGAUGCACCUGUUCGAUACCAGAGGCCACGCUCACAAAGCAUGGAUCUCCGUUACUCCUAUCUUUGGGGCCAUCCUGGUGGCCAUUUCCCGUACCAUGGACUACCGACACCACUGGCAGGACGUCGUAGCUGGAGCCAUCCUCGGAUUGGUUGUUUCAUAUUUUGCAUAUCGCCAAUACUUUCCUUCGCUAUCAUCGUCAAUGUCUCACAAACCGCAUCCCCCGAGAGUGCGACGUGAAGAGGAGCUGCCUACUGUCAACUCCGCAACUAGCCACCACAAUCUGUCCUAUACAGAUGGCACGGAGGGAGAAGAAGUGGAGUUGGUUGGUGGUAGUGUGCGCAAGCCUGAUCCAGCUCUCACAGGGAGACAAGGCGAACAUGAGGCCGACGGUCCAUCUGCUCUGCCCGCCGCUGUACUUCAGGAAGCCACCAAAGGUCUCCUGAACUUCAACGGAACUGGCAUCGGCAUCGCUGAGAUUUCGCAUCGGUCCAAAGAGUUCACGGCGUAUCUACAAGGCGUCGAACAAAACAUCAGAAAACUUCUCGACGUCCAGCCCACACACUCCAUCUUAUUCACUCAGGGGGGUGGAUCCACGCAGUUCUCAGCCGUCGUGCUGAACAUGCUGGCGCGACAUCACCUCCUCCACCCUCAAUUGACAAAUGAAGACCGAGUACUGGAUUAUGUGGUCACAGGGUCCUGGAGCAAAAAGGCAGCUGAGGAGGCAAGACGCAUGGGGAGCACCGUCAACAUUGCAGCCGAUUCUCGCAAAUACUCUAAAGACCAGAAAUCCUUUGACAACAUCCCAACCGCAGAUGCGUAUUCCUUCUCAAAUGACCCAGCUCUCAUCUACUACUGCGCCAAUGAGACCGUCGACGGCGUGGAGUUCUCGGCUGAGGAAACCUCACCAGCCUCCUUUCCCUUCCAUCUUCUCCCAAAAAAUGCACUUAUCCCACUUGUCGGGGAUUAUUCCUCCUCCUUCAUGUCGAGGCCGAUUCCUCAUCUUUCAGACCACGCUAUCAUAUAUGCUGGCGCGCAGAAAAACGUUGGCCCCGCCGGUCUCACCAUCUUAAUCGUCAGAAACGAUUGUAUCGUUGACGUCGACGCCGCUGCGAGGCUCGGGGCGAUCCCAGUCCCAAUCUGUUUUUCGUACAAAACGCUCGCAGAUCAUAACAGCAUGUACAACACUCCCCCAGUCCUCUCCAUCUACAUUACCGGUCUCGUUCUUGAGUAUAUGCUCCAGCUAGGAGGAUUAGACUAUUACGCUGGCCUCACAAACCGUAAAUCGAAGAAGCUGUAUGAUGUGCUCAAGGAUGGCGAAACCAAAGGCAUCUUCAAAGGUAAAGUGAAGGAAGGCUCUGGUAGCCAGAUGAAUGUCGUCUUCGACGUCCUUGGCGAAGGGUUGUUAGCCAAGUUCAUUUCUGGCGCAGAGGAGCGAGGCAUGAAGGGUCUCAAAGGCCAUCGUUCCGUAGGAGGCGUCCGAGUGUCCAUAUAUAACGCCGUAACAGAAGAAGAGACGGACCAACUCAUUUCUUACAUGGAACAGUUUGCAGGACGGCACGAAGUUAACCAGGAGUGAACGGAGCAUUAUUAGGAAAAUCAUGGGUAAUUUGACGGUUUGGACUCGAGUUUAACGUGCAGCUAUCCAUUUGUAUUACCCAACAACCAGAGCAUACGCCAGGCAUCAACUGCAUGGAUGUUUUCGUGAUAAUUUUAUUUCAAAAACCUGAUAUAGCACAGGCAGAAAAAUUCACUAGGCAUAGCCGUCCUGAUUCGGAGUUGUUCGAAGUAUUUUUUUUCACGACGACAAGGUGGAUAGGUCGCUAGGCGAGGGACUUAUUCAUUUGGUCGUUGUCAACUUGUGGCUUCAGAGACUAAUAAUUGUCACUUUGACGUGAAGAGGACGUCCUGCGCUGGAGAAGAUGAAUGUGGCGGAUGUACUUGGACUCGUCCCACGUAGAACCGUACGGUACAGGCAGGAUUGAUAUCAACCACAAUUGCACGAUACUUACUGUAUUUCAGGGAAACCUGAGGACGUCGUAGGUCAGGUCAAAGUCGUUUUCGAGUCUAG